UGGGUUCACCGCGAUAUCGCGCCUCUUCUGGAGGACGUCGCAAGUAUCCCGCAUAUUCGGUGAGCUGGCUCGCACCUGACCAAUGACUACUAGCUGUCUGAUCCAUGUAUCCAGGAGAGAGAUUUUGCUCUCGAUGGACCCUACGCAUGGCGUCCUCGCCGUCUCUAUCGCCCAACCUGACGGAGAGUCCAAGACGACGCUUGACGGAGAUGGCGGCGCAUCCUCCACCACGAAGCGCCAGCCCCUCAAGGAUCUCGCUUCGCAACCCCUGUAAGACCAGAGAUCGUGUAUUCUCCGGCAGAAUAUUGGCGCCGAUUCGCAGUCCGAGCACACGCUGCAGCCGUACGAGGCCUUUGGCUCAGCCGGUCUCUAACGGUAGUCGUUACUGACGGCGGCAGAUAAGCACCGGCCUGUCCGGCAUCGACUCGAAGUAGUUUGACCUCGUUAAUCGCGGGCCAUAUGUAGAAAAUAUGUUGCGGCCGUCUCUUCGCUAUCCUGUGUACAAAUAUCAUACGUUGAAGUUUAUCUACCUAUUCGUGCGCCUUCGCGGCAUAUUCCCGUUACAUAUGUGCAGCGAACAACCUCGAUUGUCGGCCCCAG